CCCAUACAAGUGCUAUAAUUGGACGGCGGCGUGUGUUUUCCCAUUUAAACAGAUGCCCGAAGCCUAGUCGGCGAAUAACGUCUGUGACUUCGCUCCAACAUCUGCCUCUAUCGUUCGCCAGUUUUCGCUGUCAGUCGGCAUAAAGCUGGGAAGCGACCCGGCGUGUUGUAACAGCGGGCGCAAACUUUGAUGCUGACAGAAUCAGUUCUAGGAUAUCUUGGAUUUCGGUUUCCGCGACCUAGAACACGUUCAGCCCGUCCCUUCAUUACACAUGCCUCAUGGCUGACCAGACCACACCAGCGUAUGAUAUGAACGAAUACACAACGAAGGCCACACAACGAUUAGCACCCAUGGGUAGUCCAAACACAGCUGACCCAGCCAAGAGCGCUAAUGGUGCUACGCUUGCCAACGGCAUCUUGGGCUAUGAGAAGCUGACCCAAAACAAACACACUAGUGAGCUGAAGCGCUUCUUCCACAACACACUGGUGCCCAUGUUUCUGAUUCUGACGACACCCAAUCUGGUCAUCAUCAUGUGGUACACAGCCGUGCACUGUGACGGGAGCUUCGCUCAAAUGACGAGGACAUUUCAGAAUCGUUCUGUGUACGCGGGCCUUUGUGACAUUUGGGGUUUAGUCAACACGGGCAGCUUCACCAUCAGCAUGAUUAUCGUGGGAUACUGCGUCUACGCUCUGGCGAUGAUGAAACUUCUACCAGGGAAGCAAGUCACAGGACCACUGACUCCAAAGGGUAACACCCCGAUAUACACGGACAACGGAUUUUUGUAUUUUCUUGUCACAGUUGGCCUGUUCUGGGUCGGCACGUUAUUGCUGAGACCAUUAGGUUUAAGUCCAUCAAUAGUGUACGACAGAUUCGACGAGGUUCUGUCCAGCCUGAACAUCUUCAGCCUGUUGUUUUGUUUAUUUCUCUACUUCAAGGGACUCCUGGCUCCUUCAUCCACAGACUCUGGCACGACCGGCAACGUGCUAUUUGAUUAUUACUGGGGCACGGAACUCUAUCCCAAGGUGUGGGGAUUUGACUUGAAGGUCUUCACGAACUGUCGGUUUGGCAUGAUGGUCUGGGCACUGCUUGUGUGUGUGUUCGCUCUGAAGAGCUACGAGCUACACGGGUUCGUCGACAGCAUGUUCGUCGUCGCAGUCCUCCAGCUUACCUACCUCACCAAGUUUUUCUGGUGGGAGUCCGGGUAUAUGCGCACCAUCGACAUUAUGCUGGACAGGGCUGGCUAUUACAUCUGCUGGGGGUGUCUGGUGUUCGUGCCGGGCAUGUAUGCCUCUGUGAGUCUCUACAUGGUGAAGCACCCAGUCCAUCUCGGUCCCUUCUGGACCUUAGUGAUUCUUUCGUUGGGACUUCUGUCCAUCUACAUCAACUACCAAGCAGACGCCCAGAAGCAGAUCGCCAGAUACGCAAAUGGAGACUGCGUCAUCUGGGGCAAGAAAGCCGAGAUCAUCAGAGCCAAAUACCAGCUGGAAAAUGGUGACGUCAAAGAAAGCAUCCUUCUCACUUCCGGUUUCUGGGGUCUCGCGCGCCACUUCCAUUACUUGCCGGAACUGAUGCUCGCGUUCUGUUGGUCGGUGCCGGCGCUGUUCGAGAACGUGAUGCCUUAUUCCUAUUUCCUGUGGCUUGUUAUUCUUUUACUUCAUCGUAGUUACAGAGAUGACGAGAAGUGUCGCAAAAAGUAUGGAACAUUUUGGCGAGAUUACCAACAAAAAGUCCCGCACAGAAUUGUGCCCUAUUUAUUUUAAAUUGAUGUUUAGACUAUCGCACAUACAAUAUAUACAAAUGACAUUGUUUAUGCCCUCAAUAUAUCUCAUAGACAUUGAGAUAUUUUGUAAUUUUUGCAUAUUAAGUAAUUGCUGGUAAUAAUUGGCAUAUUUAACAAAAUAGAUUUUAAAACAAAAUAUAAAUUAUUAUUAUGUAGUUGUUUUUUUUCAAUUCAACGACACAAAGAUAAAUGCAAAACAAACGUUUUAAUAAUGCUUGCUCUGCUGGAAUAUGGUUAUACCCAAUUUCUGUUUUGGACAGGAUUUCUGUGGACAUUGGAACUCGUGCCCGGAGUGGAUAUAGCUUGAAUCUGUUUACGGAUAAAGGAACGAUCACAGUUUCUUGUUGUGUCCCGCGAUUUUGACGUUUGAUUUAUUAGAUUAUUAGAGGCGCUCUUUCCCGCCAAAUAAACUACCCCGGUCAUUAGUAUUUAGGGUGAAUUACGUAAGGUUGGUUCUAGAACAGGAUGGUUGGUAAGACUCGUUUAAUGAGUCUUAUAAAAACAAAAGGGAUGGGGAACGUAAGGUGGUUACCGGUCUCGUUGACGUAGUAGUUGAUCCAUCCGCCUUGAGUCUGACAGAUGCUGAAUUCAUAUCCCGGUACCGGCCCCACCCAAGGAGAAUUUUAGGGGCUCAGUGAGGAGGUGUAACACUAACCAGUAGACAUAAACCAACUGUCAUGAACAGACAACUGAGGUUUAUGCCCAGAACAGCGUACUUGAACCUUGAUUGGAUUAUAAGCACGAAAACAAAUUGAAAUGAAAUAAUAAUGUGGCUAUUUGUGCUUAAACUACCACAGAUGUAAGCCCACUACGUCGAAUCAACGCUCGCUGACCAGUGAUCACUAAUUCUGAUCCUGGAAAGACGGCCUACAUAGUCAAAGUGUUUUACCCAGUGUAGCGUUCUUGACCCUGACAUUUGCACAUAAAGCUAAAAUGAAGUAUAAGGCGGCUGGGUAGCGUGUUCAGGUGGCGACAGGGUGUUCGGGAAUUAGGAGAGGGCGAGUCUUUGGUGGGGCGUCAGAUUAACUUAAUAAUAUAAAACAAAUAAUUAUGAUAAUAAUACGGUACGACAUUCAUGUCAGACAGUACACAUUGUGAUAAUCGAGUUGAGAUGUUUUUGUGUUGACUAGAUGCGAGGCACACACACUCGAGUAAUCUAUUUUCAUUUAAAAACAUAACGCACAAUAAAGAUUUAUUUCUUUUUUA